AUGCAUGACUCAGAGGAUCUCGUUCUCGAGGAGGGCUCAAGUAAGCUCAGAGACCAGGUAGAUGGCAGUGGAAUGAGCCUGGGCAAGAAGAAGGGAGUGAAGGUGAGUGGGAAACACGUAGCCCCAGUGGACUGGGACAGAGGGGGGCCGUCCAUAGUCCACCAAUCCGACUACGUGAGCAGCCCCAGACCCUCAGAAAGCAACCCCACCAUCAUCUCUAUCAGCCCCUCUACCCACUCCCACAGGCCCUCUGGGUCUCCAGAGAGGGACCGGCCCAGGCAGGAUGAGGGCCCCCCCUCCAGGGUUGAGUGGUCCAGAGAGGGUUGCACCUACAGCCAAAGGGCGUCCAACAGCGAGGUGGGGGUCUCCAGACAGACCAUGGAUGAGUUGAAGAGUAUCCUGAAGGAUAGUUCCAUGCUUGGUGCCCGGGGCAAGGAGGAGGGGAGGCGUCCUGGAAGCCCAGCCCCUUACACCUACCUGCAUGGGACCAACAGGGGAGAUGGACGUCCGGAGUCCCAGUCCUCCUUCACCACUUUCAAGCCCCACUCUGAUGCUUCCAGGAGGGUGUCCACCAGGUCCAGGGACAGCAGCUCCCUCCAGCUUGGCUCCGGUAUGGACUCGUCAGAUGUGACUGGAGCAAACAGGCAAUCCGGAGUUCAGUCGUCCACGUUCGAGAACAGUAGUGCCAACUGUGGAGAGACCUGGAACUCACAAACAGAUAACAGUAAAGACAACAUGGAUAAGUCUGGGACUCAGAGCUUCUCCGCCAUGGAGCACAUCAAGCAGCAGAUUACCCGGGAGAAUAUCAACUUUGUUCGCUUCGAGGCCACAGAUCUCCAUGGGGUGUCCAGGUCUAAGACAGUGCCAGUCCGCUUCUUUCAUGAGAAAGCAGUAUAUGGGGUGCCGAUGCCAAGAAGCUACCUAGAGCUGACCCUGAGCCCUAAGAGCUGUGAGGUGGACCACGCCAACAACCCUGCCAACUUCAGCAGCGACGUGUUGCUUAUCCCAGACCUGUCGACCUUCAGGGUGCUGCCCUGGGCAGAGCAGACGGCCCGGGUCAUCUGUGACCCCUGCAUGAUAACAGGCAGCCCCCUGCGCACUGCACCCCGCAUCAUUGCCAAGCAGCUGAUGGGGCAGCUCCAGAGCAUGGGUUUCUCCCUGUACUCCUCCUUCACCUACGAGUGCUGUGUCCUGGGCGCGCCCGACAGGGUGGGCCCCAAGAGCAUGCUGUUCCCUGCCACCACCCUGGCCAGCAACCACGACCUGCCCUUCUUCCAGCAGCUGGUGAAUGGGAUGUACUGCAUGGGGGCCGACGUGGACAGUUUGGCCUCAGCCAUGGUGCCCGGCCAGAUGGAGAUCAACCUAAGGCCGGAGUUUGGCAUCGCGGCCGCCGAUACCGCCUUCACGUUUCGUACCGGCAUCAAAGAGAUGGCGAGGAAACACAGCUACAUCGCCAGCUUCUUCACCGACGACAGCCUGUACAAUGCCGGGGUGCUUUCCCACUCUCUCUGGGACGCCAACGGCCGCCGUAGUCUCUUCCACACCGGGGACCACGGCGGAGGGGAGCUGUCGGAGAUUGGCAGGAAGUGGCUUGCGGGGCUCCUGAGCCACUCGGCCGCCCUGAGCUGCUUGCUCUCCCCUGGGCUGGGCUGCCGCAGCCACAUCGCCAAAAAGGUUAAAGACCCCAAGCACAACGUGGUCUACGCCACCUACGGCUACAAUGACAACAGCAGCGCCUUCAAUGUAAAAUGCCACGGCGGGCGGGAGAUGCAUAUCGACAACAAGCUGGGCUCGGCCAUGGCUAACCCAUACGUUGUGCUGGCGGCCACCGUGGCGGCAGGACUGGACGGUAUCAAACGCAACCUGGGGGCUGAGACGGGUCUGACCAGGGCCUCCACCCACACCCAGCUAGGGAAACAGCAGUUUGCCAUCCCUGUGAAGCUGGAGGACGCUCUGGUGGCUUUGAGCGAAGACCAUGUGAUUCGCGGAGCGCUGGGAGAACCAUUUGUGCAGUAUUUUAUUGCUCUGAAGCAAUUUGAGAUUGAGACUGAAGAAUUGGAUGCAGAGAGGAACAAAUGUCUGGAAUAUUUCAUAUAGAAGUGCUCAAUAUUGUACAGUCGGAUUCCUGUUAAACA